AUGCGUGGAUCUCCCCGACAUGGGACAGCCCUGGGAUUUAUAGUGCUCAACGCGCUGCUUCUGGCGACGCAGGUUGCAGAAGGAGUCCUAACUGAACAUCUUGUGGUCCAGUUGCAUGAAGACGUACAGGACGAAGCGCACCAACUUGCAACACAACAUGGGUUCCAGAGUGCACGAAAGCUUCCUUUUGGAGAGGGGCUUUUUCAUUUCUAUCCUCAGGACACUUCAAAGAGACGAAGCAAACGCAGCGCUCGCAGCAGACAACGGCUCCAAAAGGACCGCAGGGUGAAAAAUGUCUUUGACCAGGAAGGUUUUAGUCGUCAGAAGCGAGGAUACAGAAAUAUCAACGAUAUUGAAGUCAACCUCAGUGACCCCCUGUUCACUAAACAGUGGUAUCUGAUAAACACAGGCCAGGCAGAUGGGACCCCUGGGUUGGAUCUUAAUGUGGCUGAAGCUUGGCAACUGGGCUACACAGGCAAAGGAGUUACCAUCGCAAUAAUGGAUGACGGAAUCGACUAUCUACAUCCGGACCUGGCAUCAAAUUAUAACGCUGAUGCCAGUUAUGACUUCAGCAGCAAUGACCCGUUCCCGUUUCCACGCUAUACAGAUGACUGGUUCAACAGUCACGGCACACGAUGUGCCGGAGAGGUGUCUGCGGCAGCCAACAACAACAUCUGCGGUGUGGGAGUCGCCUACAACUCCAUGGUGGCAGGUAUCAGGAUGUUGGACCAGCCUUUCAUGACUGACAUAAUUGAAGCUUCAUCCAUCAGCCACAUGCCACAAGUUAUUGACAUCUACAGCGCCAGCUGGGGGCCAACCGAUGACGGCAAAACAGUGGACGGACCCAGAGAGCUCACGCUUCAGGCUAUGGCUGAUGGAGUCAAUAAGGGCCGAGGAGGGAAAGGCAGCAUCUACGUGUGGGCAUCAGGAGACGGUGGUAGCUAUGACGACUGCAACUGUGAUGGUUAUGCCUCCAGCAUGUGGACAAUCUCCAUCAACUCAGCCAUCAAUGAUGGACGCACGGCCCUGUAUGAUGAGAGCUGUUCCUCCACCCUGGCAUCCACAUUUAGCAACGGCCGCAAAAGGAAUCCAGAGGCUGGCGUUGCAACCACAGACCUGUACGGGAACUGCACUCUGCGUCAUUCAGGAACCUCAGCUGCAGCUCCAGAGGCAGCGGGAGUCUUCGCUCUGGCUCUUGAAGCCAAUCCCAAUCUGACAUGGAGAGACAUGCAGCACCUCUCAGUCCUGACCUCCAAGAGAAACCAGCUCCAUGAUGAGGUGCACCAGUGGAGGAGGAAUGGAGUGGGUCUUGAGUUCAACCACCUGUUUGGCUACGGUGUACUGGAUGCGGGGGGGAUGGUGAAAAUGGCCAAGGAGUGGAAGACUGUGCCUGAACGUUUUCACUGUGUAGCAGGAUCCAUCCAGGAGAUCCAUAAAAUCCAAUCUGGAAAUAAGCUGGUGCUGGCCAUCACCACUGAAGCCUGCCAGGGGAAGGACAACUUUGUCCGCUACCUGGAGCACGUUCAGGCGGUGGUAACGGUCAACGCCAGCCGCCGUGGCGAUCUCAACAUCAACAUGACCUCACCCAUGGGCACCAAGUCCAUCCUGCUGAGUCGAAGACCCCGCGACGAUGACUCCAAGGUGGGCUUUGAUAAAUGGCCCUUCAUGACCACCCACACCUGGGGAGAGGACCCACGUGGAACCUGGGUCCUGGAGGUGGGCUUUCAGGGUGAGGAGCCACAGCGAGGAGUCCUGAAGGAGUGGACCCUCAUGCUACAUGGAACACAAAGUGCCCCUUAUAUAGACCAGAUAGUACGUGAUUAUCAGUCCAAACUUGCCAUGUCCAAAAAGGAAGAGCUGGAGGAAGAGCUGGACGAGGCGGUGGAGAGAAGUCUGAAGAGUUUGAUGAGUAAAAACAACUAAAACCCCAUCUGCAUGUCGCCAACUCGUAGACUCUUGUCUUAUAUUUAUCCCUCUUAGCAAUCUUGCUCUAUCCUUGUCUAAAUUUCACCGCAUCUCCUCAGUUCUCCUCACUCUCUCUCUCGCUUUUUACCCUCCCUUUUGUCUACCUCUCUCGCCCCUCCUUUUUGUUCUAUAGUGUUUCAAUUAGUCCCCAACCUUCGAUGAAUGUCUCUUGUAAUCCAGUCAUAAUAAAAGUGUAACCUUCGAUAAUCUACAUAGACAAAGAAAACUAUAUCACCGGGAUUAUGUUUUUUACACUAGAGAAUUGUACAUAAACCAAAUAUAAUCCACACUUUCCUGCUUUUGCUUUAACUGCCCUGCACUUCUCUUCUGCCAACUGUUGUACAGUUUGUGACUGUAAAUGAUUUUCUGUGUCAUUCUACUUAAAGUUUAAUAUCUUGCAAACAGAGCAGUGAUACUUCUUUCUGUUUAUAUUUUUGUGACAAGCACUGUUUAUAUAUAUACAAGGAAAGGAAUGUGAGAUUUAUUUUGCAGCCUGUGGUCUUCAGUUCAUAUUUCAUAAUCUUUGACGUAUACUAUAAUAAAUCUAUCCAGCUGUUUAUUAAA